GGUCCUCGCUGCUCUUGCACUCAAUCGCCUUCCUUCGACGUCUUCUCCCCGAGCGAGAUCACCUACUUCGAUCAGGCCAGGAAGACCAAGACAACCUUGCGUAACAAGCAUCAGAUGCUCUCCAAGUCAAACAAACAUGUCAGGAUCGCGACAGCCGACAGCAUCAACAGCUACCUGCAGGACCUGCUGCUGGCCAACCAGAAGCAGGGGAAGAACGUGGCGAAGCUGAGCACGACGAUCAAGAAGCUGCAGGGAGUGCUGACGGAGAUUGAUCGUGUGGAGAUCCCGGAGCUGGACGAGGAGGAGAAAUCUGUUCCGAUGCAGCUGAAGCUUCAAAGAUCGAGCAAGGUCCUCCCGUCCCAGCAGUCCAUCCGUCUCUCCGUUUCUUCUCUCCUGCAGCAUGUCAAAUCUCCUGCCAAGGUGUCUCACUCGCGCCGCAUAGCGUCUGAGCUGCUCGCCAUCGUGGACGCGCAUCCUGAGGCGAGGGAUCUGAUCGCCGAGAAGCUCUCGAGCUACCAGCAGAGGCUCCAGCUCAGGGCCCAGCAGAAGCUCACGGACGCGGACAGCACUCACUUCCCCCCGACGCGGACGAUCUCGACAACUUCUUGCAGAGUGUCAUCGACGAGCUGGACCGUCAGCAGGUCCCCCAGCUGGACACAGGGGAUGCGGACAAGAAGGAGGGGAAGAAGGAGCGGAAGGAGAUGCUGCUGCCCAUCGAAUUCUCCGACCGCUUCAACCAGGCCCGCGCCAGGUCGCACGGGGAGUUUGUGGACAAGAACGAGUGGGAGAAGCAUCCGUUCGAUGACGUCGGCAACGACCGAGUCUCCAACAAGGACGAAGAUCGCAUGGCCUCCUCCUCCUCCUCCCUCGUCCAUGGCGAGUCAAAAGUCCGAGAGGACGGGCACAUCAACGACCCCUAUGGCUUCCAAGGAAGCGCCCACGCUGAGAUUCCUGUCUCUUCUGCCAACUCUCCUGACACCAAGAACGGAGGCCUCCCUGACGGAUUUCACCUCGGAGUGGGAGCGGCGACGAGCGGCAGCCUCGACAAGGGCUCGAAGCUCUGCGGCCUGGUCAACUGCUACAGCCGCGAGGCGAUUCCUCUCCCUCCCGCCGCCAUCGCGCGAAGAGAAUCUCUCCGACAGACCGUCUCGUCCCAGCAGGCAGCCGAGCUCAAGAGAGCUCAAGUGAACAGUCAGGCAGCCCGUAAGGGUUCAGCUGGGGCCAAGGCGUGGGGCCUCCCACUCCCCUUGUAGAACUUAACGAGAUCUCCUUUGUUACAGAGUAAAUGCGUUUGAUCCUCCUC